UUGCUUUUUAUUUCUUCGUCCACUCCUGGCUUCGUCUGUCUCUCUCUUUCUCUGCGGCAACAAACAAAGCUAACACCUUAUUUUCUCUCACUACUCCAACGAACAAACAAACACCUCUUUCUCUCUCUCUCUCUCUCUGCUUACGCUUCUCUCUCUAGGGUUUGGAGCUUCCACGCCAACACUCCCUCACGAGAGAGAAGCGUCUUACGCAGAAUUUCAGUAGGGUUUUUGCUCCUCCUUCAUGCGAAUUCCAUUCAAACUCCCACUCAUUGUGAUCGAGCGAGUUUCGCUUUUCACCGUCGCACGAAGAAGGGCCUGCUACCUCGAGCUCGGAAUUUCGUUUCGCGAAGGGAAUUCGUCGUCGAUUUCGCUUGCUUGCUGAGGUAGAAGAAUUAUAGGCACUGAUAUAUGUAGAUAGUAGUGGCUUAUUUGAAUUAUACUGUGGCAAGCCUGGUGGCCGAAUGUUGCUUGGUGCUGCUCAAUGAUAGUUGCUAUGGAUUUGAAUGCCUCGCCUGUGCCGGAGGAAGAUGAAGAUGCUUUUGAGAGCCAGGUCGAAGAGUACCAUGCGCCAGAAGAGCGCAUGGAAACUUCAGUUGAUAUUGCUCGCCGGGAACGUGAAGAAAGAAAGAGAAGGUUGAAAAGAGAACGUUCGGAUGACAAACCUGUGCAAGUAUCACAUUCACCUGGACCUGAUCAGCUAUUUCAUACUAAAAUCCUUAAAACAUAUGAUAGAAGUAAGCUUCCCCCAGGUUGGUUGGAUUGCCCUUCAUUUGGCCAGGAAAUUUUUUGCAUGAUACCUUCCAAGGUUCCACUUGGUGAAUCAUUCAAUGACUACAUCAUUCCUGGUAAAAGAUACUCAUUUAAACAAGUGAUACAUCAACAGAGAGUUUUAGGGAGAAAACUUGGUCUGGUAAUUGAUUUGACAAAUACUUCCCGAUACUAUCCAGUAGCAGAUCUUAAAAAGGAGGGUAUCAAGCAUGUUAAGAUUCAAUGCAAGGGCCGCAAUUCUGUACCUGAUAAUGUAUCUGUUAAUCAUUUUGUCUAUGAGGUUACGCAAUUUAUAUCACGUCAAAAACACUCGAGAAAGUAUAUACUUGUUCAUUGUACACAUGGUCAUAAUCGUACAGGAUACAUGAUCAUCCAUUAUCUGAUGCGCACAAUGUCAAUGUCUGUUACUCAGGCAAUAAAAAUAUUUUCGGAUGCACGCCCUCCAGGAAUCUAUAAACCUGAGUACAUUGAUGCAUUAUAUGCAUUUUAUCAUGAAAAAAAGCCUGAAAUGAUAGUUUGUCCCCCUACCCCCGAGUGGAAGAGAGCUCCUGAACUUGUUGAUCUCAAUGGUGAAGCAGUGCCAGAUGAUGACGAUGAUGAUGGAGUACCAGGCUCUCCUUUGCAUGAGAAUCAUGAGACUGACACAAUAAUGACAAAUGACGAUGUUUUGGGAGAUGAGAUACCUAAUGAUCAGCAAGAUGCAUUUCGCCAGUUCUGCUUUCAAACGCUCAGACUAGGUGUUGGGGCCAGAGGGCACAUGCAAUUUCCUGGAUCACACCCAGUUUCUUUAAACAGGGAGAAUUUACAACUGUUACGACAGCGUUAUUAUUAUGCGACAUGGAAAGCUGAUGGAACAAGAUAUAUGAUGCUAAUCACUAUGGAUGGAUGUUACUUGAUUGAUAGAAGCUUCAAUUUUCGAAGGGUCCAAAUGAGGUUUCCUUGCAGGAUUACGAAUGAUGGCAUGGCUGAGAAGACACACCACUUCACAUUACUUGAUGGGGAGAUGAUUAUUGAUAGAUUGCCAGAUUCAAAAAAGCAGGAACGGAGAUACCUCAUAUAUGACCUGAUGGCAGUCAAUGGAGUAUCAGUAAUAGAGCGGCCAUUUUAUGAACGGUGGAAGAUGCUUGAGAAAGAAGUGAUUGAACCCAGGAAUCAUGAACGCUUUCAGAGCAGAAAUCCUUACUACAGAUAUGACAUGGAACCAUUCAGGGUAAGGAGGAAAGAUUUUUGGUUGCUCUCUACUGUCACGAAGCUUUUAAACGAAUUCAUUCCAAAACUCUCACAUGAUGCAGAUGGUCUCAUAUUUCAGGGUUGGGACGAUCCCUACAUACCACGCACUCAUGAAGGCCUCUUAAAGUGGAAAUAUGCUGAUCUGAAUUCAGUUGAUUUUCUCUUUGAGAUUGAUAAUGAUUGUCAGCUACUUUUUCUCUAUGAACGAGGAAAAAAGAAACUCAUGGAAGGGUACAGGGUUGUAUUCGAAGAAGGUUCGGAUCCCUUGCAUUUUUCUGGAAAGAUCAUUGAAUGUUCUUGGGAUUCUGAUAGACUGGAAUGGAUAUACAAACGAGUCAGAACAGAUAAAUCAACUCCAAAUGACUUUAAUACUUAUAGAAAGGUGAUGCGAAGUAUAAGAGACAAUAUCACAGAGGAUAUCCUGCUGAAUGAAAUAAAUGAGAUAAUUCGCCUUCCCAUGUAUGCCGACAGGAUAAGAAUCGAUAGCAAAGCCCAUCACCACACCAAUAUGGCACGGCGAAGGUAAUCAAUCAGAAAUUCUGGGCAUGUAAAUUUUUCACUGGUGGGAGAAUCGUCGAAUGUUGUAAGUGUAUUACAUCAGGUGUAAACAAAAUCAAAUGUAUCCACUGUUGUCUGUCCGUGGCCAUCAUCCAAAGGUUCCUCAUAUUAUGUAAUUAGUUAGUCUUACAACUCCUUAGUUGAUCCUUCAGAUAGUACAGCCCAAAUUCUGGCCUAAGCCAUUUCCUAUGGUUAUCCAUUUGUAAAGUUAGGUUUAGGAUCGCAGUGUAUAAUGUCUUAUAAUUUUUCUUUCUAGUAGUGAUUAUAACUUGUUCAAAGGGUAGUUGUUUCUUAGAGUUAAAAGUUCCAUUACAUUGGUUAGAAAAUUCCCUGUAUGUGAAUAUUAGCUUGGGAAAUACUAACUAGCUUUACAAUUUCUCCAAUUUGGAUGGUAUUCUGUAUUUUGCCUUCUCAGUGUAAAUUACGUUAGCUAAGCCGAAACACACUACAGCUUAUUCUUCUCUA